GUGUGUAGGGAGGGCAGUCAUCACGCCAUCCUGAGCAGCAAGAGCUGACGUUGGACGAAACUGCCAGGUAGCUGAAAAAAGGCACAGAAGGCAGCUGAUACCCACUUUUCAACGGUUUGUGGUUUUUUUAGUCUGUAUCUGGACUUCAAGCAACACAGCGCCUGAGACAGCUCAUCUGAACCACACUGUAUUGCAAUACUCGCUCUUCUCAAAGAAAAAGACUCCACUGAGCAGCAGAAUGCUGCCAGUGUCGCAGCCAGGUCUACAAUACAGAGCCUUUUUGUAACAUUGCAAAUUUCUUUCUGUUCAGAUAUUUGAAAUACAUACAUACACUUAUAUAUCAGUUCUUUCUUUUCUGAGGACACCUUUGGCUUUUUUUUUUCCCUGAUGUGACUUCUUCAUCUUGGAAUGAUGGGGAUCUUUCUAGCUUAUAUUGGAUUCAUUUUCUUUUCAGUUAUGUAUAUUCAACAAGGACUUUCUACCCAAGCAAAAUUCACAGAGUUUCCCCGAAAUGUCACGGCCACUGAAGGGCAGAACGUGGAGAUGUCUUGUGCUUUCCAAAGUGGCUCUACUUCGGUGUACCUUGAAAUCCAGUGGUGGUUUCUGCGGGCAGCUGAGGACCAAGAGGCUGGUGCUGAGGUGACAGGCACUCAGGUGGAGCUCCUGCCCGAGCGGGACCUGGACAACGACGGCACGAAGAUCAGCACAGUGAAAGUACAAGGGAAUGACAUCUCCCACAAGCUGCAGAUUUCAAAAGUGAGGAAAAAGGAUGAAGGCUUGUAUGAGUGCAGGGUGACCGAUGCCAACUAUGGAGACCUUCAGGAAUACAAGGCCCAGGCAUUUCUCAAAGUCAAUGCUAACAGCCACUCCCGGCGAAUGCAAGCCUUUGAGGCAUCCCCGAUGUGGUUGCAAGACAUGAAACCUCGUAAAAACAUCUCAGCAGCUGUCCCAAGUAGCAUCCACAAUUCUGCCAAUCAGCGUGUACGUGCCACCUCCAGCCCUGAAGCAGCAGCCAAAAUCCCCAAACAAAGUCCACAAUCAGGUGCGAGGAUAGCUACAAGCCAUGGACUUUCUGUCCUGCUUCUUGUUUGUGGCUUUGUGAAGGGUGCUUUGCUUUAAUCUAAAAGUGCUGACUUUUUCCAAUAUCACUUUCUCUUCUUAAAGCAAAGAGCAAAUCGCCUGUAAAAUCCACGGAGCGGACAGCAAAGUUGACCCUAACCUCCAACCAUCACUCUGCACCCAAUGUACUCUAAAUCUCUACACAAGGAGCACCUUCUUCAGGAAGUACAAACAAAAUUACUAAAUAAAUAAAAUAAAAUAAAAUAAAAUAAAAUA